AUGAAGCAGUUCAUUUGGUUGGCUGUUUGUUUGGCCAUCUGCAAAAUCGCCGUUGUCAAAAACGCAGACACGGCAGGUUCGUCAAUCAAACCAAAAGCAUCAAAGAAACCGAAACCCGUUGUUCCUACCGUUGAGCCGUUCUCAUGCAUCAGCGACAGCGGAAAAGAAACACCAUGGUACGUCAUUUACAAGCUUCCGUCAAGCGCCGGUGAUGAGUACCUUUAUAUGGACGAUGGCUCGCAAAAAUGGUCACUGAAGAAAACGUUCAUGGCAAAAAAUGGACCCUUCAUGCGAACGUUUGCGGCGUUUUUCGAUAAUCCUUAUAAACAAAACAGUCUAGCGAUAUUUUACAAUAAACAACCGGGACCCGGCGGCGUGCCUCAGAGGAAAACAGAUUCUCUUAGCAGGGGAAUUGUUCUCGCGACGAAGUCUCGACUUGCAUGGAUAGUGCAUUCUUUCCCGGCCUUUCCGGCCACAACUCUGGAUGGCACCGUACUACGGGAUAAAUCCACGGCUGGUAUGCUGGUGUGCCUCUCUCUUGACAACCAACUUGCUGAACUGGGUGAAUUUCUUCAGUACGAAAAUAUCUCAAUUUAUUACAGCCACAAAGGAGACGCCGCCAUACCGCAGAGUGUAAAGCAAUUGCUGAAUGGCCAACCGAUUGAAAGCACGCCAUUAAGGAAAGUGCGACGUUUCCGGCUUCUGAACGCCGCGCAACGAAAUCCGAUCGUUUUCGCCAAGCUGGGCAUAAUCCGACAGGAUAUUUAUUCGCAAUUUAUCACUCUCUCGUCUCCCCCAAAACGCUUUACGACAAUUUGGAACGGGAAGCAUUCAAAACCGGCUCAACUGCUGAAAGCGGUCUGCAAUCCACCGUAUAGCCUUGCAGAUUACAUAGCCUCUCGCAAACCACCGAAAGCGGUAGUCGUAAAGAUGGAUACAGACAACGGCGAACGCUCCAUUCGAAACUCUGAAGACCUUUCGACCUGGGCGCUACAAGGAAACGCGAUGUGGUGCUUUAGCGACCUGAUGCAUGUGCCCGCACAGCAUGAACAAAGUGGUGGAGCGGUUUGCUUUCCAUCCAACGGUUUCCCGAACCUGGUGCGUGCCUUCUCUGCUCCUGCAGGCGCUGCUGAUUUGUAUACCUCCUGCAAACGACGUUAA